UGGACCCCGGGGCCCGCCUCGGACCCAGGGCCCGUGCCCAGUGCAGCGCGACCCGGUCUCAGGGGACCUGCAGCGGCCGCAGAGGCCCUGCUCGCUAUAACGGCCGCGAAGAAGCGACGAGCCUCCCCGUGAGUCGGUGGAAGACAUGCUGAAAGCCGCGGGGAAGAAGGUGAGGGAGUGAAGCGCCUCUCCCCACCCUUUCUCGAACGCGCGGGAAGCCGCCUACCCACCCCCAACCCUGUCCGGUCGGCAAUCGCCGCUCCCACCUUCCGCCGCCGCUUUGAGUGAAGCCGGAACGACGGGGGUCACGGCAGGGGUCAGAGGGUAAAGGUCUUGCUCCCAGCAGCCUCCGCGGUGGAUACGUCGCCAUCUUGGAUCCGCGGGACAAGAAAAUUCAUGCGAGGGAGAACUGGUGGGCGGUCCUUCCUGUGACACGACCCUUGAGUGACAGUUCUAUUUGAUUGCCUCCAGUACUGUGAGGAAAGGACACGACUCUAUGGUGAGGACUGAUGGACAUACAUUAUCUGAGAAAAGAAACUACCAGGUGACAAACAGCAUGUUUGGUGCUUCAAGAAAGAAGUUUGUAGAGGGGGUCGACAGUGACUACCAUGAUGAAAACAUGUACUACAGCCAGUCUUCUAUGUUUCCACAUCGGUCAGAAAAAGAUAUGCUGGCAUCACCAUCUACGUCAGGUCAGCUGUCUCAGUUUGGGGCAAGUUUAUACGGGCAACAAAGUGCACUAGGCCUUCCAAUGAGGGGGAUGAGCAACAAUACCCCUCAGUUAAAUCGCAGCUUAUCACAAGGCACUCAGUUACCGAGCCACGUCACGCCAACAACAGGGGUACCAACAAUGUCACUUCACACGCCUCCAUCUCCAAGCAGGGGUAUUUUGCCUAUGAAUCCUAGGAAUAUGAUGAACCACUCCCAGGUUGGUCAGGGCAUUGGAAUUCCUAGCAGGACAAAUAGCAUGAGCAGUUCAGGGUUAGGUAGCCCCAACAGAAGCUCGCCAAGCAUAAUAUGUAUGCCAAAGCAGCAGCCUUCUCGACAGCCUUUUACUGUGAACAGUAUGUCUGGAUUUGGAAUGAACAGGAAUCAGGCAUUUGGAAUGAAUAACUCCUUAUCAAGUAACAUUUUUAAUGGAACAGAUGGAAGCGAAAAUGUGACAGGAUUGGACCUUUCAGAUUUUCCAGCGUUAGCAGACCGAAACAGAAGAGAAGGAAGUGGUAACCCAACUCCAUUAAUAAACCCCUUGGCUGGAAGAGCUCCUUAUGUGGGAAUGGUAACAAAACCAGCAAAUGAGCAAUCCCAGGACUUCUCAAUACACAAUGAAGAUUUUCCAGCAUUACCUGGUUCCAGCUAUAAAGAUCCAACGUCAAGUAAUGAUGACAGUAAAUCUAAUUUGAAUACAUCUGGCAAGACAACUUCAAGUACAGAUGGACCCAAAUUCCCUGGAGAUAAAAGUUCAACAACGCAAAAUAAUAACCAGCAGAAAAAAGGGAUCCAGGUGUUACCUGAUGGUCGGGUUACUAACAUUCCUCAAGGGAUGGUGACGGACCAAUUUGGAAUGAUUGGCCUGUUAACAUUUAUCAGGGCAGCAGAGACAGACCCAGGAAUGGUACAUCUUGCAUUAGGAAGUGACUUAACAACAUUAGGCCUCAAUCUGAACUCUCCUGAAAAUCUUUACCCCAAAUUUGCAUCACCCUGGGCAUCUUCACCUUGUCGACCUCAAGACAUAGACUUCCAUGUUCCAUCUGAGUACUUAACGAACAUUCACAUUAGGGAUAAGCUGGCUGCAAUAAAACUUGGCCGAUACGGAGAAGACCUUCUCUUCUAUCUCUAUUACAUGAAUGGAGGAGACGUAUUACAACUUUUAGCUGCAGUAGAGCUUUUUAACCGUGAUUGGAGAUACCACAAAGAAGAACGAGUAUGGAUUACCAGGGCACCAGGCAUGGAGCCAACAAUGAAAACCAAUACAUAUGAGAGGGGAACAUAUUACUUCUUUGACUGUCUUAACUGGAGGAAAGUAGCUAAGGAGUUUCAUCUGGAAUACGACAAAUUAGAAGAGCGGCCUCACCUGCCAUCCACCUUCAACUACAACCCUGCUCAGCAAGCCUUCUAAACAAAGACUUCCCUUUUCUUGGGGUAUGGCUGUCUCAGCACAAUACUCGACAUAACUGCAGAACUGAUGUGGCUCAGGCACCCUGGUUUUAAUUCCUUGAGGAUCUGGCAAUUGGCUUAUGCAAAGGGUCACCAUUUGAGGUCCUGCCUUACUAAUUAUGUGCUGCCCAACAACUAAAUUUAUACUUUGUUUUUCUCUAGUUCGAGCAGGGUCUGAAUUUUUUUCAUUUAUUUUCUUUUUUGCCAGCAGACAGACUUGGGUCUGUAAAGACAAGCAAGUACACUGACAGAAGUUUACCAUUUAGUUUCUAAAAUGUAAAAAAAAAACCCACAAAAGACUCCACAAAAUUAGACCACAAAAUUUGCAUUGUUCAUUGUAGCACUAUUGGUAAUAAAAUAACAAAUGUUUGUGCAUUUUUAUGUGAAGAUCCUUCUCGUAUUUCAUUUGGAAAGAUGAGCAAGGUCUGCUUCCUUCAUUUUACUUCCCCUUCUGUUUUUGAAAGGCAGUUUCGCCAAGCUUAACGCAAGAAUAUCUGACUGUUUAGAAGAAAGAUAUUGCCACAAUCUCUGGAUGGUUUCCAGGGUUGUGUUAUUACUGAGCUUCAUCUUUCCAGAAUGAGCAAAACACUGUCCAGUCUUUGUUACGAUUUUGUAAUAAAUGUGUACAUUUUUUUUAAAUUUUUGGACAUCACAUGAAUAAAGGUAUGUAUGUACGAAUGUGUAUAUAUUAUAUAUAUGACAUCUAUUUUGGAAAAUGUUUGCCCUGCUGUACCUCAUUUUUAGGAGGUGUGCAUGGAUGCAAUAUAUGAAAAUGGGACAUUCUGGAACUGCUGGUCAGGGGACUUUGUCGCCCUGUGCACUAAAGGGCCAGAUUUUCAGCAGCCAAGGACAUCCAUACCCAAGUGAAUGUGAUGGGACUUAACGAAGUGAACUGAGACAAUUCACUCUGGCUGUUUGAACAGCAGCGUUUCAUAGGAAGAGAAAAAAAGAUCAAUCUUGUAUUUUCUGACCACAUAAAGGCUUCUUCUCUUUGUAAUAAAGUAGAAAAGCUCUCCUCACUGCAGUGUUGACUUUGAUUUGAAAUUGUGAAAUUAUUUCUUCAACAUGAAAAAUAGACCCCCUGCCCCCAAAACCCUCAAGUUUUACAAAUAUCUAACUGAAUGGCGUGACUAAACAAUUUAAAAUGUAGUCUUUUUUUUCAGCUUUUGACAAGUAAUUUGAUGGCACCAUAUACCAUUUUACUUGUAGCUUAAAAAUGCAGAUGUAUUUGUAGUUAUUAACCAAGUUCAAAACAGAAACUAUUUUUUAAAAGAGUUAACGGCUGCAUUAGAGAUAAAGUUUCCUGAACACUUGUGGGACCAGGCAAAAUACUUUUGGGAGAAAUUUAGGAGAAAUGUCUUGAUAGACCUUUGAGAUUUACCUUUAAGAAGUAAUAUGCAAAUUAAGGUAAGCCAAAAGGGAGUGAGGUAGACUUUACCUUCAGUUUGGAUAUUUCACAUUUACAAAUUGAUGGAUUCUUUUCCAUCUAAAGACAAAUACUGUUUUUAAAAAUGUCUGAAGACUGCAGCUACAGACACUAGAGAUAGUAAAAAAGGCAGUGAAUUUUGAUUCUCUAAAUUUUCAUUUUUAACCUAUUUUUCUAUGAAGAGUGAAAGUUUAUUGUCAUUUACCAAAUCAUGUUUGAAAAUGAAACAUUUAUGACAUUGCUGUGUUUGUGUAUCAGGAAUAUAAAAUGACUUAAGAUUUACCUUUUUCUAUGUAUUUUGAGAUACGGAGAAACUGACGUAAAAAUACCAGGAUUUUUUUAAUCUUUCAGAUUUAAACCAAAGCAUCUCCUCUGUAGGAAAGACGGCACUUACAUCACUGUAGUUUUAACUGUUGUGCACAAAACCUUCUCAAAUCAUAUUUGACAUAAACCGGAGUCAAAUCCUAGAAAUUGAUUUCUUAUUUCAAAAAGGCAUUACAUUUUUUCAUAAUAAUUGACUUUGUAAAAUGUAACUUUUCCUACAUAACCAUGAGAAACAGGUUAAAAACAAAGGGUGGGGGGGAGUGGAGGGUAGGGGAUCUUUAUUUCUGUGAGUAUAAACAUAACAGUGUAGCGUGUCCCUGUGAUCAUGAUUGGGACUUUUGUGAAUGCCUCAGAAAAGCAAGACAGCUCCUAUCAAGUGGUUUGUUGUCUUGGCCGUAUAGAAAGUUUUACGUGCGCACUUUGCCAGUUUUCUAAGCUCUUUUUACCCUAAAUCAUCAAAAUAAGAAAACUCUUGCAUGUAAACCAACUUUUUAUAACUUGUUAAUAUCUGAAAUUACCGUGCUCUUGACUUCAAAUCCAAGUUUUAAAAAUCUAUUUGAAAUCUUUAAAGUACUAUAUUAAACUCUUUAACAUAACACACUGUUACAUUCUUUGGUUUUAUAACUUGUGGUUAUACAUGUACAGAAGUUGGCCUGAACUAAUAUUUCACAUUUUCUUUCAUAGGUUUAAUUCUGUUAAAUUUUCCCUAUAUAACUAGUGACAUAGAUGUGUACGUUGUUAAAUCAUUUUUGUAAUUAUACUAUAAUUGGCUCUGGGAGAAAAAAGCUAUUUAGUUGCAAAAGAAAAUUCUUUCACCUAUUUAGUUUCAUAUAUCUUAUUCUAUGCUUCUUGUGGUCCUACUAUAACUUAUAUGAUAAAACUCCAUUUUCAGGGAUUUUUUUCACUGCAGAAAGUUUUCCUUAGAUAUAAAAAAUUUUAAGAACUGAAAGUAUAUUUGAAUUCUUACAGUAUAAGAUUAAGCCAACCACUUACUUGUCUUUUCCGUUUUGCCACUGAACUUGGGACACCACAGGUGCUUGAUAAAUACAUGUUGGUUGAAUGGUAUAAAUUGAUAUUUCAGCUUGAAAAUAAAAUGUACAAAUUAAA